GGCGGCCCCGAUCCCUCGCUGACUUGCCCGUCCGCCCUCCUGCUCUGAGCGCCAUGUUACCGAGCCAAGCUGGGACCGCGGCGGCUCUGGGCCGGGGCUCGGCCCUGGGGGGCAGCCUGAACCGGACCCCGACGGGGCGGCCAAGCGGCGGAGGCGGCGGUGGGACUCGCGGGGCGAACGGGGGCCGGGUCCCCGGGAACGGCGCGGGGCUCGGCCCGGGCCGUCUGGAACGGGAGGCUGCAGCGGCAGCGGCGCCCACCGCCGGGGCCCUCUACAGCGGCAGCGAGGGCGACUCUGAGUCCGGCGAGGAGGAGGAGCUGGGCGCCGAACGGCGCGGCCUCAAGCGGAGUCUGAGCGAGAUGGAGCUCGGCGUGGUGGUCGGUGGGCCCGAGGCGGCGGCGGCGGCCGCCGGGGGCUACGGGCCGGUGAGCGGCGCGGUGAGCGGGGCCAAGCCGGGGAAGAAGACCCGGGGCCGCGUGAAGAUCAAGAUGGAGUUCAUCGACAACAAGCUGCGGCGCUACACGACCUUCAGCAAGAGGAAGACGGGCAUCAUGAAGAAGGUACCGGAGCCGGAGGCCUAUGAGCUGUCCACGCUGACAGGGACACAGGUGCUGUUGCUGGUGGCCAGUGAGACAGGCCAUGUGUAUACCUUUGCCACCCGCAAACUGCAGCCCAUGAUCACCAGUGAGACCGGCAAGGCGCUGAUUCAGACCUGCCUCAACUCGCCAGACUCUCCACCCCGCUCAGACCCCACCACAGACCAGAGAAUGAGUGCCACUGGCUUUGAAGAGCCAGAUCUCACCUACCAGGUGUCAGAAUCGGACAGCAGUGGGGAAACCAAGGACACACUGAAGCCAGCAUUUACAGUCACCAACCUGCCGGGUACCACCUCCACCAUCCAAACAGCGCCCAGCACCUCUACCACCAUGCAAGUCAGCAGCGGCCCCUCCUUCCCCAUCACCAACUACCUGGCACCAGUGUCUGCAAGUGUCAGCCCCAGCGCUGUCAGCAGUGCCAACGGGACUGUCCUCAAGAGUACAGGCAGUGGCCCUGUCUCCUCUGGGGGGCUUAUGCAGCUGCCUACCAGCUUCGCCCUCAUGCCUGGUGGGGCAGUGGCCCAGCAGGUCCCUGUGCAGGCCAUUCAUGUGCACCAGGCCCCACAGCAAGCGUCUCCUUCUCGUGACAGCAGCACAGACCUCACGCAGACCUCCUCCAGUGGGACAGUGACGUUGCCCGCCACCAUCAUGACGUCGUCUGUACCCACAACUGUGGGUGGCCACAUGAUGUACCCUAGUCCCCAUGCAGUGAUGUAUGCCCCCACCUCGGGCCUGGCUGAUGGCAGCCUCACCGUGCUCAAUGCCUUCUCCCAGGCACCAUCUACCAUGCAGGUGUCCCACAGCCAGGUCCAGGAGCAAGGUGGUGUCCCUCAGGUAUUCCUGACAGCACCAUCUGGGACCGUGCAGAUCCCCGUUUCUGCGGUUCAGCUACACCAGAUGGCUGUGAUAGGGCAGCAAGCUGGGAGCAGUAGCAACCUCACUGAGCUACAGGUGGUGAACUUGGACGCCACCCACAGCACCAAGAGUGAAUGAUCCGCCCGCCACCCUGGACAGACGGCCCAAGGGACGGCACCACUUAUUUAUUGUUGCCUUUUCACGUUUUCUUUACACACAUGUUGACUGGCCGAAGGAGGGAGGCGGGGAGAAGGAGUGGGCAGCCACAGGACUAUGCCCUCUCACUCCAGCCAAAGAAAUGGGCCUGCCUGCCCUCCACCUGCCCUCCCUCACCCUCCCCUCCUUCCUGCUCUACCUACCCUGCUGUCGAUGGUGGAGCUGCCCUCCCUCAGACCCCCUCGCCAGCUUGGCUCAGUGUUUGCUCUGAGUGUUAACUUACCCGAUGAUGGGACAAUGCCCACUCUCCCACUCACAGGCCUUUUGUGGGACUGGGCACGGUGUCCCCCUCUGAGGAAGAUGUGGGGGCCCUCUUUUCAGCCUCUUGGUGACCUCUGGUUAGCUCUGUGUCUGUCACAGUCUGGGUCAAAAGAGCCCUGCCCCUGCCCCUCAGGGAGCCAGCUGGGAGAGAUGGGGGCUUCCCUCACGGCGCCACCCUCUGCCCUGUCAGCUCCUGGAUAGCGGGGCCUGUACACUGGGCAGGUUAUUGGGGCCACCUGCUCUGCCUUGCCACUCUGUUCCCAUGGACCUCCAGGGGCUCUUGGGUUGGAGGAACCUUUAGUGUUCUCUUCUUCCCUUUGUCUUCCUCCCUUCUCCCAGCUGCUUUACUUAAAAGUUGAUUUUGAACUUUUUAUUUGAGGAGAUGAAGUGAAAACAAAUCUAUAAAUAUAUAUUUUUAAAAUAUUUAACUUUUUUUUAAUGGCGUUUUUCUCAUCCCCCCUCCCUGCCCAAACUCCCCUUCCCUGGGGAGCCCUUGCACUCCCUAGAACUGGCUGGGCCCCUGGGGACAGCCACCCCAUGAGCUCGGGUCCACCAGUGUGUGUAGGGGAGAUUCUGGGAUUGUCCCACAUCCUGGGUUCUUUCCAGGAGAAAGCUGGG